AAUGCGGAAGUGUCUAUGAACGGCUACAGCGCCAACUGGUAUUAGUGUUUUUAUUCUUAAUUUCAGCAAUCAACAUAUAUUAUAAAGUCAGUUUAAUAAAUACCGAAUUACGUGGCUUUGCAAUACGUUAUUUAACAGUACGUCCAUCUUAAAAUGGGAUGUUAUGGCUUUCUAUCUUCUCCUAUAUUUGGGUAAAGUGUGUAGAACGCAUCAUGUUUGCUAGCUAGCAUCUUUACAAACAAACCCGUCCCUUAAAGUAUCCGUCAACCAGCAACAUGAAAGUUCGCUCCUCCGUCUUUGCCUCGUUCAUUUUAAUAUUUGAAGGGAUUGGCAUAGCCCUCUUUCUGCGGGGAUUUUUCCCUGUCCCUCUCAAGUCUUCCGUGUCAUCCAAGAACAAGCUGUCAGACCUGCCCGUGGAGCCGCUGACAGGAAGUUCUCCCAACUCAUCUCGCCUCCCACAGCCCCUGUUUAAGAGGGUGGUUAUAAUGUUAGUGGAUGCUCUGCGGGAGGACUUUGUUUUUGGACCCAAUGGCCGCAUGUACAUGCCCUACACCCGACACCUGGUGGAGAGGGGCUCCUCACACAGCUUUGUGGCCAAGGCAAGACCCCCCACUGUCACCAUGCCGAGGAUCAAGGCUCUCACCACUGGCAGUAUCCCAGGCUUCAUUGAUGUGGUAAUGAACCUGAAUUCUCCGGCACUGCUGGAAGACAACCUCAUCUGGCAAGCCAAAACAGCGGGGAAGAAGAUUGUCUUCUACGGGGAUGACACCUGGGUGCGCCUCUUCCCAAAACACUUCAUGGAGCACGAUGGCACCACCUCCUUCUUCGUAUCUGACUACACUGAGGUUGACAACAACGUGACCCGUCACUUGGAUAGCACACUGAAGAGAGACGAUUGGGACAUUUUGAUCCUGCACUAUCUGGGCCUAGACCACAUCGGCCACAUCAGCGGACCCCACAGCUCGCUCAUCCAGCCCAAGCUCAUGGAGAUGGAUGACAUCCUGAAGAAGAUUCACAGUGCCCUCAUUUCAAAGGAGGCCGAGGGGUCCCUGCCCUACCUGCUGGUGCUGUGCGGGGACCACGGCAUGUCGGAGACCGGCAGCCACGGAGGAUCCUCCGAGCCGGAAAUCAAUACGCCCCUGGUGCUCUUAAGUCCGGCCUUCAAAAGAAAAGCGGGAAUGGAGAAGCCUGGAGUGGUGGAGCAGGUUGACCUGCCUCCGACCCUAGCUCUGGGACUUGGCCUACCCAUAUCUCUGAACAGCGUGGGCCGCAUCAUCCCAGGCGUGCUGGAGGAAACCUCACUCCGAGACCAACUGCGCUACCUGCAUCUCAAUGGCCACCAGCUCAGCUGCCUGCUCAAAGACAGCAUACCCGAUUAUGAAAAAGAGGUAGGCUUCGAGCAGUUCCGUGUGGCAGAAAAGGCUCAUGGGAGCUGGAUGAAGCUCUUCCUGGAAGGCAACACCUCUGAGGUGCUGAGCAACAUGGGCAAAAAGGUCCUGAAGCAGUAUGUGGAGGCCCUCGCUGCCAUGAGCUCGGCUCUCAGCAAACAGCUGGGCAAGUACGACAUGUACUCCAUGAUCGCAGGCAUGGUGUUUGUGUUCCAGCUCCUGCUGGUCUUACUGCUGGCUAUGCCCGAGGCUCUGAGCAGUGACGCAGCUGUGGAACUUCCUGUUCUCUCAGCUCUGCUCUCGCUGCCUUUCUACCUCUUGUGCCUGCUGCUCGCCUCAGUGCACGUCUUGGUGUGCACAUCUGCUGAGAGCUCCUGUUACUUCUGCAGCCUCUCCUGGGGACUCGUGUUCGCCGCCGUCGCCUUCUCCUCAGCAAUGUUUUGUAUUCUGGUCUCUCUGGUAACACGGCGACUCCCCCUGGGGCUGAGGAUUCACGGGAAGUCUCCAUUGAGGAGCAUUGGAAGUGAGUGGUCGCUGUCUGAGCUGGACGUCUUGCUGCUGGCCGGCACAGUAGGACACACUCUAAGCCUGGCAGCCAGCAGCUUCGUGGAGGAAGAGCACCAAACCUGGUACUUCCUGCUCAACACCCUCUGCCUCGCCGUCUUCCAGGACGUCUGCCGCAAGUACUUCAGAGAGCAGAGGGGCUCUGGAGACGAAGAAGAGUCUAUCCUCCCUUCCAAAGACUGUCACCCCUCUCCCAAGGCAGAGAUUUACUCAGAAAAGUGGCUAGCGUUAGCCACGCCGCCAUUUACUCUGCUCUGCUGCCGACUGCUGCGCUCCCUCAACCAGACCGGGGUGCAGUGGGCUCAUCUUCCCGACAUGGGACACUGGCUCAACAGCUCUGAACACAGGACCGUCCUCUCCCUGCUGGCUGCUUUCUGUUUGGUUUUUGUCUACCUCCUGGUUCAAAGACGAUGCUCAUGGGUUUCCAAGGUUGCCCUCGCCUUUGGACUUUUGGGUGUCUACAGCUACCGAGCAGCUGUCGGCAACGUCUUGUUUCCCUGGCAACACUCUGGCCGAACUACAUCCAAGGGAACAGUGGAGGCGCGCUUUGUUUACGUCUUCAUCUUGGGCAUCCUCUUCACGGGCACCAAAGACCUGCUGCGAUCCCAGAUCAUCACAUCGGAUGCCCGGUUGAAGAGCAGGGGAUUAUGGGAGAUUUACAGUGGCUUGGUCUUGUUGAUGUCGCUGUUGUUUCGAGCUCACAACCUCCCGGUCCUCUGCUGCUGCCUCUUGAUCCAAACGCUCAUGGCUCAGUUUAUCUGGAAGAAACUCCACUAUGACGCGGCACAAACUACCAUCAUGCACUACUGGUUUGGACAGGCCUUCUUUUACUUUCAGGGCAACUCGAACAACAUCGCCACAGUUGACAUCUCAGUGGGCUUCGUUGGACUGGAAAGUUACGUAGAAGCACCGGCAAUCUUCUUAACGGCCCUCAGCACGUAUGCGGGGCCCCUGCUUUGGGCGUGUCACCUUGUUUGCUUCCUCAGCUCACAGAGAGACAGGAGCCCUGUUGCAGUCGGCCAUGGCUGCUACUGUUUGGCCCUGCUGAGGUCUGUGCCAGCUGCAGCCUACAUUGUGCUGGUGACUGCUCUGCGCUACCAUCUCUUCAUAUGGAGCGUCUUUUCACCCAAAUUACUGUACGAGUCCAUGCACCUGCUGCUGACUGCGGGGGUCUGCCUCUUCUUCAACACCAUGGAGCAGAGCCACACUUCCAGUAAGUCUUAGGGGACCAAAGAUGCAAUCUUUCCAUUACGGGGAGUCAUGAAAUAGACUUUCCUACUGAUACACUACUGAUGCUCACAAAGGGUCUCUCCUUUGGUUCACAAGAAAUACUUUUGGAAUGCACUUAAAAUGUAUUUUUGAGCUGUUUGUUUAAAUAUUUCCAAGGAAACUACGUUUGAUGAAGAAUAAAAGUGAAAUUACAUCAAGAUUUUUGAAAGAGGAAAGCUUUUUUUAAAUAUACAUACGCUAUAUUACCUCAGGGACUGCUGCACGGUGAACUAGUAGGUACGAUGUUUGGACUACAUUUUUCUGAUAUUACAUGGAGAGCACCAUGUGUUGAGUGGGGUGUGAACACGGGGUGAUGUUUUAGCUGAGCUUGUUAGCUAACACCUGCAUCCACACAGGUGUUUUUCUACUAAGUGUGGCAGAGAAUGCUGAGAAUCAUCUGAAUUCAAUAGCUAUUUUCCACAGAAGACAUGCUGACUUGAAUGGCCAAUUAACCAUACAAUCAUGCACUCAUUUAUUUCCACCACAUGAAAUCAUAAUGGGGUAAAUGCAUACUACUUUUGUGGUUUUCACAUCAGUGCAUCGGAGUCAAUGUUGUUGAGCCACAUAACCUAAAUUAACAACAUAACCCAGACAAUGUUUUUUUAAUAACAAACAACAGGCCAAACUUAGCAUUUUAAGGGGAUAACGUGUGAAAAUGAAUAAAUAUUCGGUAGGUAGGUAUUUAUUGGUAAAAGGAAAUAUUAUUAACGGAUACAUUUAUGGGAGUUUGAGGGCAUAUAAAGUCAAAUUUUCUGCUGUGACCUAAUAAAGUGGUGGAGGUACAGCAGGGGCUUUAAUACGGGACUGUUGAAGACCUUAGUUUCUCUUCGGAACCUUUCAAAAUAUGAUUGUGAAAUUAUGUUUCCUUUUUUAUUAUUUUCUUUUUAAAUCAAACUUUUUAUUGAUUUUGGAACAAAAGCUGUGUGUGUGAAUAUAUGUUCUGUUUCUACUGAUAAGAAGGCUUUUAGAUUCUGCACCUGUUUAAUGCACAAACUGAAGAUCAGACAGACUGGUGGCCCCCCAUGUUCAUGUUUUUUACUUGAUGGAAUCCGAUUACAUGCAUGGCUGCAUAAAGGAAGUGUUUGAAAGCAUAAUGCUUUUACUGCAAUAACUCGAUUACAAAUCUCUUACUGAACUUAAUGUAUUCAUAAAACAAACUAAAUAAAGGCAGCCGGUAAAAAAUA